AUGCCAAAUCAGUCUGAUAACUCAGACGAAGAUAAUCACUGUAGAGUCACCAAAAAUUUAGUUUUAGCGCGAAAAAGACACUGGUUAGCUGAGGAAGUGAAGUCUCCGAACAAGCGGCAGAAGAAAGUCAAGGGGCUUGCAGGUUUCCUGUUCAAUCCGCUUAAUAAUAUCUUUGGAAUGUGGGGUAGCCAAACGAAGGACGAGAAAUCGGUUGAACGUGUUGAAGAGAAAGAGGAAGAAGAAAUUGUUAUAGAAAAGACGACACAUGUGCUACAAGACACGUCUACUUCGAUCAUUUAUCUCAACAGAGACAGUCCGGAACGAGCAGCGGGCGGUGGUGGAGAAGAUGAGAUUGUCGUUGAGAAGCAUGUUCAUCACGUUGAAGUCUCGGAUGAUAGUGACUCAAAUGACGUCGCGGAGAUUCCAACGACGUCUUCCUCGACAACGCAGUCAAUCUUGGAGAAGUCAUUCGAAAAGCAACAAGAAGAAAACGAAGAAGAGGAACCAGAUAUUGUGUUUGAGAAUGUUGUGAAGACGCCGAACAGACAGUUACAGGCUGCUAGACGUUUCCAGAAUGAGUUGAUCUAUUUGAACGAGACCCAGCAAGAUGACGAAGUGUCCGUCUCCACAGCCACAGAAGCUUCUCCAACUCCAGAUGACAGCAUCAGUCGAUCAAUCACACCUCUCUCCUUAUCCACGUAUUCUUCUAACAACGUUCGUGACUUCUGGAGACGUUCCUCUUCGAAAAAACCUCAAGCCGCCAAAACGACGUUCCGACAGGCCUUCAAAUACACAUCAUCAUCGAUUCAGAGAAUGUCGUCGGGGAUUCAGAAGACCAACAAGGCAAAACGAGUGAAUCUGUUAUCUCGUGAUCGGCUCUUGCAAGGUGUUGUGGAUAGUGGACAGUAUGAGGCUGAAGCUAUUCUUGGAUUGGCUUGGCCGGAGAAGGAGAAGAAUAAGAAUAAGAAGAUGUCGCCCACGUCGGAUGUGUUGGCUAGAGCUCAAAAUGUAACUUUAGAGAUUUUAAAGCGGUUUGAAAAUAUGGUUUUUCAGAAAAUCUCUGAACUCCGAGGUGCCAGCCGAAGCACCACACCCCUUUCCACAGAUUCUUCUGUGAUCUUCGAAGGCGCUUCUUCAUUCAGAAGUCAACCACGGACGCCAUCAGUGUCAUCGAUUUCCAGCGCUACACCAACUCAACAAAAGUUCCGAGACCUUAUAUCGCAAAUCGAUAGUCUUGGCAUCAAUUCUGCUCAUCGAGGUCCACAACGAUACGAACACGCUUAUGAGAAGUCAAAGCAGAAAGAGGAUGUGCUAUUGGAAACAGCACGGAUUCGUCAAGAGCAUCGAGCUGAGACGAAGGGGGAUCGGUUGGAAGAGACGAGAAAGAAUCUGGAGUUGAUUGGAAUUGUGCUAAGACCGAAGGUGGAGAAAAAGAAAGUGGAAGAUUUCAUUGCGUUGCCUGAUGAGGCUGAUAGGCUUCUGGAAAGGGCGUGGAAUAAAAGUCUUAGUGGAGAAGAGCAGUUUGUGGAUGCAUUCAAUAUUCCGAUCUGUCGAACAGACUUGGAAACAUUAAGCGGGCUGCACUGGUUGAACGACAACAUUAUCAAUUUCUAUCUUCAAUUGAUUUGUGAUCGAAGCACGAAGGACUCGAAAUAUCCAAAGACGUACGCCUUCAACACCUUCUUCUACACAAAUGUCCAGACGAAAGGAUACGCGAGUGUCAAACGGUGGACCCGUAAAGUGGACAUCUUUUCACAUGAUAUUCUUCUGAUCCCCGUGCAUUUGGGCAUGCAUUGGUGUAUGGCUGUUGUCGAUAUUCCGGAGAAGAAAAUUGAGUUUUAUGACUCGCUAUACGAUGGAAAUACACAAGUGCUGCCAGCGUUGAAAACUUAUUUGGCUUCUGAAUCAAUGGACAAGAAGAAACAGGCGUUCGACUUUUCGGGAUGGACCAUUCGACAGAUGGAGGACAUCCCUCGUCAACAAAACGGAAGUGACUGUGGCGUUUUCUCGUGUCAGUUUGGCGAGUGGGCAUCGCGACGAACGCUGCCUCGAUUCACGCAAAAGAACAUGCCGUACUACAGAAAACGGAUGGCCUAUGAGAUUGUAUCGCAGAAGCUUCUGUCGUCCAUCUAG